CUUGCGGCUGCAACGCCUUCACUUAAGUCCUUGGGACACCGCGUCGUGACCCUUCUGCUGUCCUCUGUCCCCUCCUUUGUGGCCGGACGUAUAACACGUGACGGAAAGGCGGAGUGGUCACGUGCAGCUUGGAGCUGAAGCUGAGCCUGCGUUCCAUAUGGCCGAGCCGAGUUUUGUUGGCGAGCUGCAGCAGCCGCUUGCAAAGCUCAAAGGCAGACUGCAGCGUUUGACCGAAGAGGGAGAUCCCUCCGAUGCUUUCUUAUCACAAGCUUCUGCUAUACUGGAAAGCCUGACAGACAUUUGUAACAAACCUGAAGAAGAUUGUAUGCCGUCCAAACCCUUGCAACUUUAUACACAGGCUGUCCUGGAUGUCACAUAUUUUGAGGAAAACCAGCUUGUUGAUGAAGACUUUCCAGAGGAGUCCUCAUUGCAGAAGGUUGAGGAACUAAUCAACACACUUUCAGAGCCAGAGGCCUUGAUCAAUGAACGUGGCACAACUGAAGAACCACUCACAGUCCUUGGUGUAGAACUAUUGGAAUGCCUUUAUUGGAGGAGAGGCGCCUUACUCUACAUGUUUUGUCACACAAUGAAAGGAAGGAAAGGGAGGUUGAUGGAGAAGACUGAUUUGUUUAAAAAGUUUCUUAAUGAAGGAAUCUAUUACUUGAUGAAGAUGCUCGAGUUUAGAUGUUCUAGUAACCCCAGUGAGGAAUUCUCGUCUCGGGACACAGACGCGGCUAGAUUAAUCCAUGAAGGCGUAUUUAGCGACACCCAUCUACUGGCCAUGAUGUACUGCGGAGAAAUGUGUUACUGGGGGCUGAAGUACUGUGGAGAAGAGAAGGAAGGAGGGCAAAGCACAAUGGCAGGACCUAGCAGGGAGCAACCCGGCAGCCCUCGGAACAAAGCUCCGGACUUUCGAGAGAUGGGAGAGAAAAUGUUGCUGAAAUACAUCACUGUGUGUAAAGGAGCUUUACAACUGCAUGAUUGGGAUACCAAACAUGCCAAGCUCAUAUUGGACUACUUUAAGCAGUUAUCGAUCUAAUUGACUUAAGCCAGGGAUGGGAAACAUUUUUUUUUCUUUUGGAGGCUACGUUCCCUUGGGUACGACCCAUCAAGGACUACAGGCCAGUGGUGGUUAGAGCACUACUUUUCUUUUGUCAUCCCAUAUCAAGUUUCCCCUUCCUCAAAGCCUUUGCAAAAUCUUGGAACUUCUGAAGCAACCGGUAGUGGCAGUAGAUACAGGGACUGCUCACUCAACUACACCAUCUUCACUUUCCCUGCCUUGUUCCCGGUGUCUGUCUCAUUCUGUCUGCAGCGGCUGUUGCCUUCCUUGUCCUCAGCAAAAGCAAGAAACCACCAGCGAGCUCGGAGACCUGACCACACAGAGCACAGCAACUGGAGCAUCUUUCCAAAGAGCCCUACAUUGCUUCAGCUGCUGUGCUCUGUGGUUGGGCUUCUGAACUUGCACAUGCGCCUGCCUCUCCUGGGAAAUUCUCUCCUUCUUGCAGCAACCACUGCUUUGUCUGAGGAGCAAGAGAGGGAGACCAGGAGGCAAGUGACUUGCCAGUGCAGAGGAAAUGGAUGCUGCUGUAGAGAGGGAGGGGCCUAGGAGGAGGUACCACAGGCCAGACGGAAAAGUGCUGUAGGCUGGGAUUAGCACAUCCCUGAUUUAAGCAAACCUAGAAAAACCCAUAUGGUUCAAGACUAACGUAAAUUUGUGACGUGCCUCUUUAAAAAUACCCAACAUUUCAGUAUAUCCUAAGUUGUACAGAACUCAUUAAACUGCUGGGCAAGUUACUUUACAGUGAUCCUUCUGAAGCUACUGACUUUUUGCAGGAGCAAUAUUGGUUUAGUUUUGUAGCCUUCAGAGUAGACGUUCAGCUGUACCUAAAACUCUGGGAAAACCUAAUUAGUUUUUAAGGAAGGAACCGAAAGCAGGGACUGGCAUGUUUCCCACCCAUAUGUAGAACAUCUCUUAUGCAACUAUAUAUAGCUUUUUCUUCUUGACGGUUACUAGAACAUCUAUCGUAGGCCCCAUCAUCACCUGGCCAGUGAUUUGAAGUCAUGUUGUAGGCAGCAGGCCUAUCUACAAUCUCCAGAAAGCUUUCAGCUGCAAAGGUCAUUGUGAGUGUGUGGAACCAAGAAUGAUAUUACCCUAGGGUUGUUUUUUUUGAAUAAAGGUGGCUGCAACAACACACAGGGAUGAAGAUCA